UGAAGGGGGAGCUCCCGGUACAGUGAGGAGGGGGUGCUGGGUGAGGGGGCACAAGGCAUCUCACAGGAUUCCCCCCCCGCAACUCCCUUCUGGGGGGAUGGGUCUACCUGCCCUAGGGGAGAAGAGCUUGGAGCCCCAUAACUGGCAAGGGGGUUAGAUGGGCCCUGUCCAGGGCAGGGCUGAUCCCCUCGCCAGUGCUGUGGGUGGCAGUUGCGGAGGAGGAGGCUUUUGCACCAGCUGGAUCGGGCUAGGCUGCCCCCCCCCAUCUGUGCCUCUGCUUCCCCUCCCAGGUCCUAUGGUCUAUGCUGUGUGUUACUGCUCGUUGGCCAGGCAGAAGGAGCUGGGAGCUCUGAAGAUGGCGGACUCGAAGACGCUGACAGAGGCCGAGCGGGAGCAGCUGUUUCGGACGCUGGACCGGUCCAGGGACUUCGUGGGCUGGGCCCUGCACAUCCUUUCGCCCAACCUCAUCAGCACCAGCAUGCAGCAGCGGGCGAAAUACAACCUCAACGCCCUGUCCCACGACACGGCCAUCGGGCUGAUACAGCACGUGCUGGAUGCAGGAGUGCAGGUGGCAGAGGUCUUUGUGGACACGGUGGGGCCGGCGGAGAAGUACCAGGAGAAGCUGAAGCGGCGCUUUCCAGAGCUCGAGGUGACCGUGAGGCCGAAGGCUGAUUCCCUGUUCCCCAUCGUCAGUGCGGCCAGCAUCUGUGCCAAGGUGGCGCGGGAUCGUGCUGUGAAGAACUGGAUGUUCCCGGAGGAUCUGGGGGAUGUGAGGAUGGAGUAUGGGUCUGGGUACCCCAAUGAUCCCAAGACCAAGGAGUGGCUGGCGCAGUGCCUGGACCCUGUGUUCGGGUAUCCGCAGUUCGUGCGUUUCAGCUGGAGCACGGCCCAGACCAUCCUGGAGAGCAAGGCCGUGCCCGUGCGCUGGGAUGACAGUGAGGACAACCCGGGACAGAAGGGCACCCGCUCCGUCCUGUCCUUCUUUGCCCGCAAAGAGUCUUCCAAACGCCAGCCCCACCGCUUCUUCCACGAGUGCAAGCUGGAGACAGUGACUGGGCUGUAGCGGGCACCAGGGGGUGGAGGGCUGGCCCCAUGCCCCCCAGCUGGCCCCAUGCCCCCUCAAGUCAGUGAGAACUUUUGACGCGCAGUGUCUGGGACUGUGUUUAAUUCUGAUGCCAGCAGAUCUGAGCCACCCUCUCCAGGGGCUGGGAGGAGCCAAGCUGUAAAGGGGGCUUUUAGGAACCAGCUGUCCCAGUCUCGCUGGUGCCUCCUUGCUGUGGAUUCCCCAAUUUUACCCACUUUGUUUUAGUUAAUAAAACAUUUUGAAAAGUC